AGUAGCAGUAUAUGAGUGUUGCUUUCAGCAUGAUCUAAGCUAGUAUAUGCCGCAAACAACUAAAAUUUUGAAAAAAUGGCGGGAUCACAUUCACGGUCACCGAUUACGGCGGCAGAGCAGGCGGCGCUGCCUUCUUCAAUGUCAAUCGCUACCGUAACCAACCACUGGGAAGUUCAAUAUGCUCGGUUCAUUGUCUGUCCAGCUUCUCCUCACUCCUCUCAUUCGUCUCUCAUCUCUCUUUCUUCCAUCGGACGGAAGGACGGUAAACGCGGCAAAUGGAUCUCCUCUGCCUCCAUCGUUUCUCUCAAACUCCGCACCAACAGCUUUGAUCCUAAUGGCGGUUUCAUCCUCGUCGUCUCUCUCUGUGAUAAAAUCCUCGAAGAGCAUUACAUUUCACGGUUGAUGUUCUCAUGGCCUCAGGUAUCAUGUGUAUCAGGUUUUCCAGCAAGAGGAAGUAGAGCCAUCCUCGUGAGCUAUAGGGAUUCUGUUGGUCAGAUUCAGAAAUUCAUCCUGCGGUUUUUGACAAUCUACGAGAUAGAGAAUUUCAUGAAUGUUUUAAAGGGAAAGUUGGACAAUGCAAAUCCUCAACUUCUUCCAUGUGCUGAAUUCGAUUCAGCAAUAUCUUCCCAAUCUGAGUUUAAUCCUUUGGAUGGAGCUUCACACAGGGAGAACGAAGGAUGGGUAUGUGCAGCUUCCGGUGACUCUGCCCCCAAUUACAUGCCACUGAACUUGGCACCUGAAUUUUCUCAAGAUUCACAUAAAGAGGAAACGAAACUAAGUCGUGAAGCUGAUGAGAUUCUUUCAGCUUUUCCUCCCAGUUUCACGUCCUUCUUGACGAACUGCUGCCCUGAAAUUGAUCAAGUUGCUGCACAGUCAAGUAUGACGAAGGAGGUUGACCUCAAAGACCAAAUUGCGAAAUAUCUUGAAGAUUCUUCAUUCCAAGAUAUGCUGGUCAAAAUUGAGAAAGUCAUCCAUGAAUUGGGAGAUAAUACAGUACUGUAGCUGCACCAAAGGCUGACAUAUAUAUAUAUACACAAAUCAUAGCUUGGUUUCCUCUUAAUUUUUGAAACGUGGGAAUUCUUUUCAUUUUCUUUUGCAAUUUACU